GUCAUGACACUCCCGUGAUGCUUUGCGAACAUGACUUAAAUGCUCGGGGAGACGGAAUACAAUUCUUUAAAAUCGGCAUUCAUGCAUCAAAAAAGCUUAAAAAUCGGCAUCUGAGUAUCGUUUGACACAUCCAAACGAAUAUUUCCGAUAGCCUGCAAAGGCGAGCGAAAUCUCGGGGAACAGUAGGUGCUAUCACGAGAGUAUUUAGUUACCAAAUAGUGUUGACAAAGCAUUAGCCCGACAGCUAGCGUAGUUUACGGUAAAUCAGCCAGCUGAGCUAUCAUUAGCUUAGCUCUGUGUUCCAGGUAAUUGAAUUGUGUUUUUUGUUGACAUCAGAGCUAGGAUGACCGAUCAGGGACAGUCAUUAGUUGUUUUAUUUCAAAAGGAUCGUACAGAAUACAUUUUGUUAAAUAUAUUUUUAAGUUUUAGGUAGAUCUCUUUAACUGCUGUGUUAGCGGAUUACUGAUCUCAGCCGCAUAAAAAGGACAACUUGUUUCUCUUUUUAAUUUCAGUGAUAUUAACCGCGAUUGGGUUUUUCUUUAUUAGUGUCAAUUGUUUUUCUUUUUCAGUAAAGCGCUGUGUACUUAAGGACUCUCCGUGCCGCAUUUUUAUUAUUCUGCAUCGUUAUGCUAAUUUAGUGAAUGACAGAUGGCUUGCAAAAUGAACAAAUGUUGCAGAUUUUCAGCUACUGUUGUUUGAUUUUUGGUAAACCUGUUAGUUAUAAUUUCAUACAGAAAAUAACUGUUGCAAUCAGUGAUCCUAAGCAAAUGUAAUCUAAUAAGAAUGCUUUACUUUAGUCUGUGCUGCAUUAAUCAACAUUAGUUGGAUUUUCUUGUUUUUUAGGCACCAUGGAUCAAGACUAUGAAUGCAGGCUACUUAGACAGAUUAAUAUCCAAAAUGAAAAUGCCAGCCCCAUUAAAGCUGUGGGAGCAGUGCGAUCUCUAACACCCACCAGCUCCCCCCUGUCCUCCCCCAGCAAGCACGGCGAUCGCUUCAUCCCCUCCCGGGCGGGAGCCAACUGGAGUGUCAACUUCCAUCGCAUUAAUGAAAUUGAAAAGUCGCACAAUCAAAACCGGAAAACCAAAGAUGGCACCACCGACAGCAACAAAGUGGACGGUCUGGCUUACUCGGCUCUGCUGAAAAACGAGCUUCUCGGAGCGGGCAUUGAGAAAGUACAGGAUCCACAGUCUGAAGACCGCCGACUGCAGCCAUCUACACCUGCCAAGAGGAGCCUUUUUAGUUAUUCUUUAAGUACUAAGAGGUCUCUGCCAGAAGAAGAUGGAAACUCAGUUUCUCCGUAUUCUUUAUCACCCGUCAGCAGUAACAGUCAGAAACUUCUGAGGUCACCAAGAAAGCCUACACGCAAGAUUUCUAAAAUUCCCUUCAAAGUUCUGGAUGCCCCUGAGCUCCAAGACGACUUCUACCUCAACCUGGUGGACUGGUCCUCUCUUAACGUGCUCAGUGUUGGACUGGGUACCUGUGUUUACCUGUGGAGUGCCUGUACCAGCCAGGUGACUCGUCUCUGUGACCUCUCUGUCGAGGGAGAUUCUGUGACAUCAGUGGGCUGGUCUGAAAGGGGUAACCUAGUAGCAGUAGGCACCCAUAAAGGCUACGUCCAGAUCUGGGAUGCAGCGGCAGGGAAGAAGCUCUCUGUACUGGAGGGACACACUGCCAGAGUAGGUGCUUUGGCGUGGAACGCAGACCAGUUGUCGUCUGGUAGCCGUGAUCGCAUAAUCCUGCAGCGGGACAUCAGAGCUCCGCCCCUCCAGUCAGAGCGCCGUCUCCAGGGGCACAGACAGGAAGUCUGCGGGCUGAAGUGGAGCACAGACCACCAGCUGCUGGCUUCAGGUGGAAACGACAACAAGCUGCUUGUGUGGAACCACUCAAGUGUCCUGCCGGUGCAGCAGUACACUGAGCACUUGGCUGCUGUGAAAGCCAUCGCCUGGUCGCCUCACCAGCAUGGCCUGUUGGCCUCCGGAGGUGGCACAGCUGAUCGCUGCAUCCGGUUUUGGAACACGUUGACUGGCCAGCCCCUGCAGUGCACCGACACCGGCUCUCAGGUCUGCAACCUGGCCUGGUCCAAGCACACGAACGAACUGGUCAGCACACACGGUUAUUCCCAAAAUCAGAUACUGGUGUGGAAGUAUCCAUCUUUAACUCAAGUGGCUAAACUCACAGGACAUUCCUACAGAGUACUCUACCUGGCCAUGUCACCUGAUGGAGAGGCCAUAGUAACGGGUGCGGGGGAUGAAACGCUUCGAUUCUGGAACGUUUUUAGUAAAAUGAGAUCUACUAAGGAGUCCGUCUCGGUGUUGAACCUCUUCACAAGGAUCCGGUAGUCUGCUUCAGGAAAACAACAAAGGGAAGGGGAUUUGUCUCUGCAUGCAUCAGGUUUGAAACGGCCUUCUUUGAAAAGACACAUCGAUCAACUUCAGAGGCUCGAGUGACUGCUUUCAUUUUAUUUAGCCAAGUUGUAGCUGAUGCUGGGGGAGGGGGAGCCGGAGAGUUGCACAAUCAGCUCGGCUCACAGGAAUCUGGUUCCCCCUGAAUAAUGGAACCACUGCCUCUUCUACCAGACCCAUGAUCCUCAUGAUGGGGGGAAACCAGGGCCAUUUCACUCAUUGUUUUUUGUUUACAAAUGGACUUUGUGCAUACCUGCCAAAUAUAUUGAGUUUGUCCCAUUUGAUUGUCUAUUUAUUUAUGUUUUCUCUUUCACUUUUUUUUGUUUAGAUUUAUUUUCAGGCCUUUUUGGGAAGUACAGAAUUUCUGUAGCUACAGUUUUCAGUCUUAUCUUUGGGCUAAUCUUCUACAAGGUUAUCCUUUUUCUAAGUUUUUAUGAGAAACAACUAAAGGACAUAGACGCUGAUAUCGGAUCACACAAACCCACCGUAACCCAUCGCAACGGAUUCCUUGGCAAAGAAAAGGCCUUAUUUUCAUAUUUUAAAUUUUGCAUUUAGUUCAUUUUAGUCUAAUGUUGUUUAUAACUUGUUGAGAUAAAAAAAAAACUUUGGGAUCAUUGUACAUAAGUUACAGAAAUGAUACAAGCAUAUCGUUUUAACUUGACUUGCAUUUGAGUUUUUUUUUCCUUAUUUUGAGAAUUAGGAAGAAAAAAAUACAAACUGAUUUUCUUUGUAGUUUCUUACUACGGCACACUAAAGCGGAGAUUAAACAAGAGGGUGUAAUGCUGGCGUGUGCGGAACGCCUGUUUUAUUCUGCCUAAAAUAUUCAGAUCCAGAACAAUUACUAAUUAAGAACGUUUGUACUGAAUGAAUGGUGGAAAUACUCAUUUAAUAUCCCUCCCUUGUUUUGUGACCUCUUCUUUGUGUUUCUUUGUAAAAUUUCUGAUUUAACUUAAUGUGCUGUGAUAGAAAAAAAAUAAAUACAAACGCUAUUUAUUUUGUGAAAGUUUAUACUGUCAAGACUGCUUGUUUGUUUGCUUAACUUUUCUGGGAGGACCGAGGGGCAAAUUUACAGCAAAACUCUGAAAACUUAUUUUAAAGCCACUUCGUAAUUAUGCUGCCAACAUAACACAAAAAUGUUGAAAUGGAAAUUAUUUCUGUUCUGUAACUUGAUUCAAAAUUAAAUGACAUCCUAUAACCAAA